AUGGUGGAUGAUCUGAUCUCCAAUCUGGUCACGGCCGAUCCAGGUCUGCCACGGUCCAAUCCUACUCAGUCUUAUUGGCAGCACAUUCCACAUGCUCUGGCUGACGUGCAAUCCCCAAAUUUGCCUAAUGACCGAGACUUUGCCAUCAUUGGGUCAGGACUCACCGGACUAGCGGUAGCCAAGUCCCUUCUGGAGUGCCACCCGACGGCCACAGUCACGAUUCUGGAGGCUCGCACGCUUUGUUCGGGGGCAACGGGGCGAAAUGGGGGUCAGAUGGCUGCGAAUGCAGGAGAGGAGUACAUGCAUUUAGCUGAGACACACGGAUCCGAAACAGCAGGGAAGAUUGUGGAUUUCACAUUUCGCAACCUGGAGAAGAUGCAGGAGCUUAUUGAGGCCUACGAUGCGGUGGAAGUUAGCGAGAUGCAACGUGUGCGGAAACUACGAGUGUUUCUGUCCGCGAAGAAAUAUGAAGAUUUCAAGACGAGCAUUGCGCGUCUGGAACAAGAUCAUCCCUCUAAAAAAGGGAUGUAUGCCAUUCUAGAUGCAGAUGCAGUAGCUCAGGAAUAUGGAAUUCAGGGUGCAGCUGGAGGCGCCGUUCUGUCGGCUGGAACUGUCUGGCCAUAUCGUCUAGUCACCAAAGUCUUUGCAGCACUCUUAGAAAAGUACCCAGGUCGACUGACAAUCGAGACACAUACCCCGGUUCAGUCUGUUGAACACAACCCAGGAUCCGUGUCACCUUUCACGACUGGUUUCCACUAUAGUUUACACACUUCUCGCGGUCCCUUGCGAGCAGGAGCUGUGGUUCACUGUACCAAUGGAUACAGCGGGCAUCUUCUCCCCAAUCUGAGGGGACUUGUUCAUCCUUUCAAGGGUACGAUGACAGUUCAAGAUCCAGAGGAUUCUGUGCCAAACCAAGGCACUCUUGUAUCAUGGGGCUUCCAUUAUACUCCUUCCUACGAUCCUGAAACGAAGCGUCAUGGAUAUGGAUUGUAUUACCUAGGCCAAAGCGCCAAUACAGGUUACUUCUACUUUGGGGGCGAGAAUGCACGCAUCGAGGAGUCGGUGUCUUCCGAUGAUACUUUUGCAGCUAAGCACUCCGUUACGCACCUUCAGUCAGCACUGCCACGGUUCUUCGGAAACCCUGAGCAAUCAAACUGGGGCCUGGUAAGUUCGUGGAGUGGAAUUAUGGGCUUCUCCGCAGAUGGUCUUCCAAUUGUUGGGAGACUUCCAUCAGCCCUGACGGGGCGAAAGGGUGAUGGCGAGUGGAUUGCGGCAGCGUUCAACGGCUAUGGAAUGGCAAACUGCUUGCUAAGCGGAGAAGCACUUGCUUUAAUGAUGCUCGGCGAGGAUGUCAGUCAAUGGCUUCCCAUUGCAUACGGCCUUGGCAAAAAGAGACUUCAAGAGACGCUGACGAUCCCAGAAGCUGUCCACGCCCUAAGCUCAAAGUUAUAA